AUGGCUUCAAAGCGGACGGAGGCCGGGCUCUGCCUGCUGGCGUUGCUGGUCUUUCGCGUUCCGACAGGCUUCACCGGCAAGGCGCGGGCGGUGGUGACCGAUGUGGACGGCACGCUGAUGGACUCGCAACAUCGGCUGCCGGCCGCACAUCUGGCAGCGCUCCGAAGUUUGAUGAGGCGCAACGUGCCGGUGGUGCUGGCAACGGGCAAGCACCGGGGUCCCUGGACGCAGCGACUCAUUCAGGAGGUGGUCGACCAUGACAUCCAGGCGGCAUCUCCAUGGACGCUGAACGCGCCGGGGGUCUUCGUCCAGGGCCUCCGGGUCUGCGAUGCCUCGGGCGAGGUGGUCGCUGCCCGAACGCUCGCACCUGAGCUCCUGAGACGCUGCGCACGCCUGGCGGAGCGCGAAGCGUGGACGCUGCUGUCCUACACGGACGCGGAUACCAUCGCCAGCAACCGACCGGAUCCGGAAACGGCGAAGAUCGACGCGCUGGGCGAGCCGCCAGUAGAAGUGGCGAGUUGCGAAGGCGCGAAGGUGCACAAGCUGCUCUUCCUCGGGCGUCCGGCGGAUGAGCAGGCCAUCCGGAAAGCCGUGGAGGCGGAGGUGGGUGAAGAGGCUUCGAUCACGGUGGCCAUCGCGGGUAUGGUGGAGGUCCUGCCAAAGAACUCGUCCAAAGCAGACGGCGUGAGGCAGGCGCUGGAGAUUUUGGGCAUCCAGCCAAGGGAAGUGCUGGCGCUGGGGGACGGGGAGAAUGAUGUGGAGAUGAUGGAGUUCAUCCGCGGCGCCGGGGGCCUCACAGCGGCGGUGGCCAACGCCCGGCCGCAGCUGAGACGUGCGGCGGAGUUCGAGGUGCCCUCCUGCGACGAGGACAGCUCGAGCCUCGAGCGGUCGCCGGAUGGGCUUCCAAUGGAGGAGUCUGGGAUCUAG